UAGGAGGAAAUGACGGAAAACACCGGCUUCUGAUUGGUGAGCGCCGGUCGGGAGCGGAAGCCGGUGUUUCACAGCCCAGAGCUUUUGCUGUAGUCACUCUAGCUCCUCGGUUGACUUAGACUCGCGUUACUCGCUGCGGUCCUGGCAAGCUUUGUCCGGAGAUGCCGUUCGGCUGCCUUCUACAGGGAGCUUAAUCCACCCUGCCUGCCGCUCGGAUGGGAAGGCCAGAGGACUAUAAACUGCAGUCAAUAUUGUUUUGCUGAGGAAUUUUGGGAAAGACAGCUGAAGUUUCCAUUCCAUGGAUCCCUUGGGUGCACCUUCCCAGUUUGUGGAUGUGGACACACUACCAAGUUGGAGUGACUCGUGUGAAGAUGGAGUGAAUUCUGACACUGCAGCUGAAAAGUUACAGGAAGACACUAUUCGAUCACCUUUUCCUUAUAAUAAGGACAUCAAUGGGAAAGUGGUUAUUUGGAAAGGAGAUGUGGCAAUACUAAACUGUACAGCUAUUGUGAAUACCAGCAAUGAGACUCUCACGGAUAAGAAUCCUGUGUCAGAAAGUAUCUUCAUGCUUGCAGGGCCUGAUUUGAAGGAGGACCUCCAGAAACUUAAAGGUUGCCGGACAGGUGAAGCAAAAUUGACCAAAGGAUUUAAUCUAGCUGCCCGGUUCAUUAUUCACACAGUAGGACCGAAGUACAAGAGCCGCUAUCGAACUGCAGCUGAGAGUUCCCUGUACAGCUGCUACCGAAAUGUACUCCAGCUGGCGAAAGAACAGUCAAUGUCGUCUGUUGGAUUCUGUGUCAUAAAUUCUGUAAAGCGAGGUUAUCCUUUAGAGGAUGCAACACACAUAGCACUUCGCACUGUAAGGCGAUUUCUAGAAAUUCAUGGGGAAACCAUUGAAAAAGUAGUAUUUGCCGUCUCUGAACUUGAAGAGGCUACCUACCAAAGGCUACUACCUCUGUAUUUCCCAAGGUCACUGAAGGAGGAGAGUCGGUCGUUGCCGUACCUCCCUGCAGAUAUUGGAAAUGCAGAAGGGGAACCUGUAGUACCUGAACGGCAGAUUAGGAUAAGUGAAAAACCUGGUGCUCCAGAAGACAUCCAAGAAGAAGAGGAUGAAGGCUUGGGAGUUGAUCUCUCUUUCAUUGGUUCUCAUGCUUUUGCUCGAAUGGAAGGGGAUAUUGAUAAGCAAAGAAGAUUAAUCCUUCAGGGACAGUUAUCAGAGGCAGCCCUACAGAAGCAGCAUCAAAGAAAUUAUAAUCGCUGGUUAUGUCAAGCAAGAUCUGAGGAUCUGUCUGAUAUUGCUUCUCUCAAAGCCUUAUACCAAACAGGUGUUGAUAACUGUGGUCGCACUGUGAUGGUGGUAGUUGGAAGAAACAUUCCUGUAACAUUAAUAGAUAUGGACAAGGCACUCCUGUACUUUAUCCAUGUAAUGGAUCACAUUGCUGUGAAAGACUAUGUAUUAGUCUAUUUUCACACACUGACCAGCGAAUACAAUCAUCUUGACUCUGAUUUCCUCAAGAAACUCUACGAUGUUGUUGAUGUCAAAUACAAAAGGAACUUGAAGGCUGUGUAUUUUGUCCAUCCAACAUUUCGUUCAAAGGUGUCAACGUGGUUUUUCACCACCUUUUCUGUCUCAGGACUAAAGGACAAAAUCCACCAUGUGGACAGCCUCCACCAGCUCUUUUCUGCCAUAUCUCCAGAACAGAUUGACUUUCCUCCUUUUGUCCUUGAAUAUGAUGCCAGGGUAAGAAGGAUCAGCAGUUUCCCCUCACCUGUUGUGUUACAUAAACUAUUCUUUUAAGGGCAGUGUUUGUGCUCACUACAUCCUUUCAUUAUAAGAUCCUGUAAAUUUAAAUCACUGUGUUGUAGGAUACUUUAUAAUAUCGUUUCAUAUCCUUUUCCUUCAAUAACUAAGAAAGAUUUUACCCAAAGAGAGGACUUAUAGUCAAAGCAUACAUUCUUAGUGGGAGAUUUUUUGAGCUGUGGUGUGCAGCCGGUCCUUGGUUGUAUUGCCAGUUUUCUACCACCUUUGAGACAGCAACUUCUUCAUGAUAU